UUUUUUUAAUCCACCUGGCUGAAAGAAAAGUUACUUCCUUGUUUUUUUAAAAAAUAUCUAGCAAAUAGUUUCCUAGAGUAAUUCCCUUUCAGUUUUAAAACACAAAAGCAGAAGUCAGCCAGUGGGCAGAGUUUACUACCUCUAGGCAACGAGAGUCGAAAAUAAGGAGAAAAGAAGAAGGGGGAAAAAAAGAAUAUUGCCCACAAUGAAUGUUCAGCCAACGGUUGUCAUUCAGCCACAGACGGUGGUGGUGGUCCAGCCCCAAACAAACCAAUGGCAAACGGACUUAUGUGACUGCUGUAGCGAAUGUGACAUUUGUCUCUAUGGAAUGUUCUGCUUCCAUUGUUUGGCAUGCCAAGUUGCUGCAAAUAUGAAUGAAUGUUGUUGUUGUGGAGCAUCUGUGGCCAUGCGGGCUGUGUACAGGACAAAAUACAAUAUCCCUGGAUCCAUCUGUGAGGAUACCUGCAUUGUGGGGUACUGCUCCCCUUGUUCUCUCUGCCAAAUCCAGAGAGAUAUCAGAAGAAGGAAACAAAUGGGGAUAUUCUAGAAGACUUCACCCUAAGCUCCUUUGGACCUUUACAUUUGUCCUUUUUUCAAUUAGAAUUCUGAGAAGUAAGAAAUAAGUAAAUAGUGUGUAGGGAGAACCAUCAUUUAGAGGCACCCUUGCUUUAUAAUUCUAAGCAUAUUCUUAACCCAGAAAUUAAAUUUUAGUACUAAUUCAGAGCUCAAAAUCCGAGCCUGUUGUUGUUUGUUCUGUCCUUGAUCUCCCAAUUUCAUUUACAAUGGAAAACAAAACAUUUUUGAUUGCUGCUGCUCUUAAACAAUUAGGAUUUUUUUUUUUUAAGCCCUGCUAGACCUUUGAAAAUUUAUCGGGGAAAUCUACCAUUCUGCCUUCCCCGUUUUAGGCUACUGGUGAUUUUGGUUUGCAAGAUGUAGUAAUGGAGAAAGCAAGGUAAAAUUGCAAUCUAGAGCCAUUGGCAUAACUAGCCUACCUGGAAGUGCUUGCUGUCCAGAUGUGGGGGGCUAGAACUAUCAUGAUUCUCAGCCAUCGCGGCUUUGAUUUAAAGGAGAUAUAAAACAACAUAUAUGGAGAGAACCAUCUUAAGAAAAACUAGUGUACAUGAUUGUUUAGCUAGAAAACGGUGUUGUUCUUACUCCCCGAGCUAAUGGCACAACCUUUCCUAAUGCUGCUGUGGGAAACUGCCAAUCAAGCUGGUGGGAGGAGUCAAGUGAGGACCUAGCUUGGAAUCCUUGAGCAGCGGCAAGCGCAUAAGCUUGACCUCCCCAAGAUCCAUGAAGCCUUAGCUGGCUAUUCCCAGGGGAACACAAGCAGUUUGGUAAAAAUUUUUGUAACGUAGGAGAUAGACGAUAAAGUUACUUCCUUCCGUUAUUCAUUCGUGGUUCCCGUUGGUUACCACCUGACAGCUGGUAGUCUCUGUUCCUUUCCACCACUAUGAUGGAGUUUCACCUCUCUCAGACUGUCAUAUCACAUGUUAAAUUAAAGCCUUUUUAUUU